UAACCGUUUGAAAGAAAUUGGACGAUACGGAGCCCUCUAUAGUCCUGGAACACAGAGUACCGUACUAACAAAGCCCUCAGACAACCCUCAGUGUCCCACCACGCAACACUGAGCUAGCAGCUAACCACCACAUUUGACCCUGUGUGUGCCAUGAGAUGAAUUAGACAUCCGGGCUGUGUGUAUGGAAGAUGGCGACACUUAUCCUCCCUGGUGAAUGGAUCAAAAACUGGGAAAAAUCUGGAAAACACGAGUUUGUACAACUCUGCAAAGACCUUACAGAGAAAACAGACCAUGGAAGUGAAGUUAGAGACAUACAGGCUGCCUUAUACGAGCUGUGCUGGCAGGUUGUACAGGGGAACCUGAAGUUGGAUCUUGCAACCUGCGUCCUUGGGGAGAUGAUGGAACUCCGAGAUGACAUGCCAUCAAUUUUAGCAGAUGUUUUCAGCAUACUAGAUUUAGAGACUAGUGCACUGGAAGAAAAAGUCAAACGUGAACAUUACACGUCACUUGUGGGAGCAUGUUUGUUUUUUGUUCCGGAGGUCAUCCUGAAAGAGAGGCUGGAUCCAGAAACCCUUGAAUCUCUGGGACUUAUAAAACAAGCUCAUCAGUUCAACCAGAAGAUUGUUAAAAUCAAGACUAAACUAUUUUACAAGCAACAGAAGUUUAACUUGCUACGGGAGGAGAACGAGGGCUACGCUAAACUAAUCACCGAGCUCGGCCAAGACCUCUCGGGCAGCAUCACCAGCCACCUCGUCCUGGAGAGCAUCAAGUCCCUCAUAGGAUGUUUCAACCUGGACCCCAAUCGUGUCCUGGACAUAAUCCUAGAGGUGUACGAGAGCCGAUCUGACCAAGAUGAGUUCUUCCUGUCUCUCAUCAAGUCCUACAUGUGUGAGCCACUCACCCUUUGCCACAUCCUGGGCUUCAAGUUCAAAUUUUACCAGGAGCCCAAUGAGGAAACCCCAAAGUCACUUUAUCACAUUGCUGCUGCUCUGCUUCACCAUAACCUGAUAGAGCUGGAAGAUCUCUACGUACAUCUUAUGCCAGUAGAUGCCACCAUCGUAGAGGAACACAAACGGGAUAUCACAGAGGCCAAACAGAUUGCCCGCAAGCUGGUCAUGGUGGUGUUGCCCUCGGAGAAAAGUGAAGACAAAGACAAGGAGAAAGAAAAGGAGGAGGAGAAGAAUGACAAGCCCCCUGAUAACCAGAAGCUCGGUCUGCUUGAGGCGCUUCUACGGAUUGGAGACUGGCACCACGCCCAGAGUAUUAUGGACCAGAUGCCGUCCUUCUACGCUACAUCUCACAAAGCCAUCGCGCUGGCACUCUGCCAGCUUGUGCACCUGACUGUGGACCCUCUUUACAGGAGGUCGGGCCUCCCUAAAGGGGCAAAGGGGCGUGUAAUUCACCCACUGAGGAACAAGCGGGCCCCUCGGCCUGCAGAGAACUUCGAGGACCUGCGCAGGGACACAUUUAGCAUGAUGUGCUACCUGGGCCCGCACCUCUCCCAUGACGCUAUCCUCUUCGCCAAGAUCGUGCGUCUGGGCAAGGGCUUCAUGAAGGAGUACCAAAGUGAAAACAGACCUGAUGCCCGAGAGAAAAUGGAAACUCUAUUGAGUUGUUUCCUGUGCAUUGCAGACCAGGUGCUACUCCCUUCUCUUUCUCUGAUGGAGUGUAAUGCUUGCAUGUCUGAGGAAGUGUGGGGUCUCUUCAAACUCUUUCCCUACCAGCACAGGUACCGGUUAUAUGGACAGUGGAAGAAUGAGACGUACACAAGCCACCCACUGUUGGUUAAAGUCAAAGCUACGACUGUGGAAAGGGCCAAAUACAUCAUGAAGCGUUUGACCAAAGAGAAUGUGAAACAAUCUGGAAGGCAGAUUGGAAAGCUGAGCCAUAGCAAUCCCACCAUCCUCUUUGAUUAUAUGCUGUCUCAGAUCCAAUGGUACGACAACCUCAUCGUUCCAGUGGUGGACUCCUUGAAAUACCUCACAUCCCUCAACUACGAUGUCUUGGCCUAUUGCAUCAUUGAGGCUCUGGCUAAUCCUGAGAAAGAGAAGAUGAAGCACGACGACACCACAAUCUCCUCGUGGCUUCAGAGCUUGGCAAGUCUGUGUGGAGCCGUGUUCAGAAAAUACCCCAUUGAGUUGGCUGGCCUUCUUCAGUAUGUCACCAAUCAGCUGAAAGCAGGGAAGAGUUUUGACCUGUUGAUUCUGAAAGAGGUGGUGCAGAAAAUGGCUGGCAUCGAGAUCACUGACGAGAUGACCUCAGAGCAGUUAGAGGCCAUGACCGGAGGGGAGCAACUCAAAGCUGAGGGUGGCUACUUUGGUCAGAUCAGGAACACUAAGAAGUCGUCACAGCGUCUGAAGGAUGCGCUGCUGGACCACGAGUUGGCCCUGCCUCUUUGUUUACUCAUGGCCCAGCAGCGAAAUGGUGUGGUUUUCUUAGAGAGUGGCGAGAAACAUCUUAAACUUGUUGGCCACCUCUAUGACCAGUGUCAUGACACGUUGGUGCAGUUUGGUGGCUUUCUGGCCUCCAACCUGAGCACUGAGGACUACAUCAAGCGGGUUCCCUCCAUUGACAUCCUUUGUAACAAGUUCCACACUCCCCAUGACGCUGCCUUCUUCCUGUCUCGACCAAUGUACGCCCAUCAGAUUCUGUCUAAAUACGACGAGCUGAAGAAAGCAGAGAAAGGUAACCGGCAGCAGCAGAAGGUCCACAAGUACGUGGCAGCGUGUGAGACGGUGAUGACUCCGGUGCAUGAGGCCGUAAUGUCCCUCCAUCCGGCCAGGGUCUGGGACGACAUCCGCCCUCAGUUCUACGCCACCUUCUGGUCCCUCACCAUGUACGACCUGGCCGUGCCACAUUCUGCCUACGACCGCGAGGUCAACAAGCUCAAGGUCCAGAUCAAGGCCAUCGAGGACAACUCCGAGAUACCCAUGAAUAAGAAAAAGAAGGAGAAGGAACGCUGCACCGCCCUGCAGGAGAAACUGCAGGAGGAGGAGAAGAAGCAGCUGGAGCACGUCCAAAGGGUUCUGCACCGCCUCAAGCUGGAGAAAGACAACUGGUUGUUGGCCAGCAUGCAAGAAAAACAAAGUUUCCAAGAAUUCAAAGUAACAAAGGAAUCCACAAAGAACGAGACCAUAACAAAGUUCCUGCAGCUCUGCCUGUUCCCGCGCUGCAUCUUCUCUUCCAUCGACGCCGUGUACUGCGCCCGCUUCGUGGAGCUGGUCCACCAGCAGAAGACGCCCAACUUCUGCACCCUCCUGUGCUACGACAGGGUGUUCUCCGCCAUCAUUUACACUGUGGCCAGCUGUACGGAGAACGAGUCUCAUCGCUACGGACGCUUCCUCUGCUGCAUGCUGGAGACGGUGACCCGUUGGCAUAGCGACCGUGCGAUCUAUGAGAAGGAGUGUGUAAACUACCCUGGCUUCCUGACCAUCUUCAGAGCUACAGGCUUUGACGGCGGGAACAAAGCAGACCAAUUGGAUUAUGAGAACUUCAGGCAUGUGGUGCACAAAUGGCACUACAUGCUGACUAAAGCCUCAGUUCACUGCCUGGAGACCGGAGACUACACCCACAUCCGGAACAUUCUCAUCGUGCUCACCAAGAUCCUGCCCUGCUACCCCAAAGUCCUGAACCUCGGCCAAGCGCUGGAAUGCCGAGUCCACAAGAUCUGCCUCGAGGAGAAGGACAAGAGGCCAGACCUCUAUGCCUUAGCAAUGGGUUAUUCAGGUCGCUUGAAAAGCCACAAGGCGCACAUGGUCCCUGAGAACGAGUUUCACCACAAGGAGCAGCCGGCGCGCAGUGCCACCCCCGCCAGCCUGCAGAACGGCCCCGGCAGCACGGGCAAGCCCGUCAGCGGGACCAGCAAGACCGAUGAGGGGACGUCAGAGGACGUUGAUCGGGGCAAGGAUAAAGCUCAGGGCACGACAAAGCCAGUGAACAAAGCCAACAGUGCAGCAGCCAAAGUGACCACCAGCAACGGGAACGGUGCUCUCAACAGCACCAAAGCUGUCAAAGAACGGGACGACAAAGAGAAGAGCGGCAAGGAGAAAAAGGAGAAAAAGGAAAAGACAGCAGGCAGCACUCCUGAGACAAAGGCAGAGAGCCGUCGGGAGAAGCUGAGAGACGAGAGGCCAGGGAAGGAGGAGCGACCAGCACGUGAGGGUAAGGAAAAGACCCCCAAGGCAGACAGGGAGAAAGUGAAGGCCGAGGAGAAGAGCAGCAAAGACGACAAGGCCAAAGCCGGCAACGGGGAGCCUGCGGAGCCAUCCAGGGAGCGAGACGCCACCAAGGAGUCCAAGAGCAAGGAGAAAGGAGAGCGGAGCGCUGUGACCGCGACCAUCAAGUCACCGAUUCCCAGAUCAGAGUCAGCCGAAUCUGAGAGGGAUCACAAAAGACGAAAGCUCGACAGUCACUCUUCUCCGUCCCACUCCUCGUCUGUUAAGCUCAUCUGUCAUCUCCAUUCAUCCCCACAGGACAAUAGCAACGAACCCAAGGACUCCACAUCCAAGCACCACGCCAACUACAACUCAGUAUCCCGGUCCAAGAGCAGAGAGAGGGAGACGGAGAAGAAAGAGUCAGACGCGAGCACACAGGGCCGCUCCAAAGAGAAGAAGGAAGAGAAGGAGCGCAAAGAGAGGAAAAGAGACCAUCUUAUCAAUGAACGAGAGCCGAGCCUCGAGUCCAAGCGCAGAAAGGACGAGAAUGGAACAAAUUCCUCCAAAAACAGCAAGAGUGAGAGUCCUUCCUGCGACUCCCCGCUUUCCACUGAAAAAGAGAAGACCAAAAGAUCCAAAUCUUCCAGCAAAGAGAAGACGGACUCUGUGAAACCUGAGCGGACUUCCUCCGGAGGCAAAAAGGAGUCCAGGCACGAUAAGGAGAAAUCUGAAAAGAAGGAGAAGAGGGACAGCAGCGGGAAAGAAGAGAAAAAGCAUCAUAAAUCCUCUGACAAGCACAGAUAAUGUGCACUGAUCCAUGGAGCAGAACUGGAGAAGCUGUUUUUAUCUGCGAGGCAUCUGCAACACCCCCCCACCCCCGUGCUCCUGUUGGCUCGUACUCUCAUUUCUGCCCGUGUUGUUUUGCUGUAAACUCCCGAGUGUUGUUAGCUGUAGUUAUUUCAACUUACAGAGCACCUCAUUUUGUUUCCAUUUCAGUAUAAAGUGAACCCACUGAAAUGCUUUUGUUUUUAUUAUUCAGUACGGGCACAAUGUGCUGCUCUAUCACAAUGUUAUUAUUCUGAGUAGAAACAUGGUUACUGUAUGAAAUGAUCUCUGGGUCAUGUAUUCAAUAAUCUCAUGCUUGAAAUAUGUGUCUUUUUUUUUUUGUACGUUGUCAGGCUUUGCUUUUUGCUCGUUUUAAUGGAGUUAACAUGCUUUCCAUACUCACUUACCUCAUAUCCUUUCGAGAUACUUAGAUAUUUUUUAUUUAUUUAUCUCCAACUUUUAAUCCGAGUUAGAACGUAGACGUAAGUGAGGAAAAUGAUACAAAGGACCAGUUUGUAUAUUGUGUACAAUAAUAAAGAGGAUAACAUGGAAUUCACAUCAUGUUAUUUCUUCUUUUCUUUUCUUUUUUGAUGUCCCUAAAGUCCUUUUGUGAUUUUGUGUUAAUCAGGUUUUUACAUAAUUUAUAAAAUGCCACUUCGACCUUGAUUCAAAUGUAGAGUUGUUAAGAAAAAUCUGACAAAACAAUUCUGACACUCUGUACUCCAAAUGUUUCAAAAUGUCUUUUGGAGAUUUUAUCUGCUGUACUCAAUGAGUGUAAGCUUUUUUUAAAAACAAUAAACGAUAGUUUUCCUAGUGUGUCCCUUUGA